CUGGUCGUUCUUUCUGCUUCUAACUCUGACUCUCACUGCUGCUAGAAAUUACUGCUUUGUCUGGAAACUGGCUAUCCGCUGACAUUUGUAAAUGGAAAGUGUUUCUACAAAAGAGAAAGAUAACAUGACAUCCCGCAAACGAAAAAGGGAAGAAACUACAAGCAGUAAGAUUCCCAAAUCUGAGGAGAACAGCUCUGAGUCUUGCCUCAGUCAGCCAAGCGAUCAAAGUGUUCAUGAAGUCAUAACUUACGAGCCAUCUAGGUUGCCAGCAAUCCACUAUGAUCCUGACACAACUGAGCCCAUCAGCUGCAGUCUGAAGUCUCUUGAUGAAUUGUUGUCGUGGAAACGCAAUGAAGCAAGCCCUUUUAAUGUGGCCACUGUGCCUUUGGCUAGCAGGUAUCCUCCACUGCACAGCUGCCCUAGACGGACAUUGGUGUCCCAUGACAUGAUGGGUGGCUACCUGGAGGACAGGUUCAUUCAAGGUGCAGAGGUGGAGACACCAUAUGCCUUCUAUCACUGGGAGUAUAUUGACAUCUUCAACUACUUCAGUCAUCAGAUGGUAACCAUUCCUCCUGCAGUUUGGACAAACGCAGCACAUAAGCAUGGAGUGCUCUCUAUAGGCACAUUCAUCACAGAGUGGACAGAUGGAGCGAAGAUAUGUGAGGCCUUCCUUGCAGAUGAGGAGAGUUACCGCGCAGCUGCUGAUAAGUUGGUUCAGAUUUCCCACUGCUACGGCUUUGACGGCUGGCUCAUUAACAUAGAAAAUGUGCUGAGUGAGACUGCGGUGAAGAACACUGGCCCUUUUCUGCGCUACCUCACAGACCAGGUGCAUGAGCGCGUUCCAGGCAGUGUGGUGAUCUGGUAUGACAGCGUGCUGAAAAACGGCUCGCUCAACUGGCAGAAUGAACUCAAUGAUGACAACAGAAUGUUUUUUGAUACCUGUGAUGGAAUAUUCACUAACUACAACUGGACAGAGCAGAGUCUGGAGUGGAUGAAGUCCUACUCUGCUGCUCAGGGCCGCUUUGCUGACAUCUAUGUUGGUGUUGACGUGUUUGCAAGAGGGAAGGUGGUCGGAGGGAAAUUUGAGACCAAUAAGGUUGAGAUGAAGAGAAGCUGGUUUAAUCUGCAUGCUCAGGAGAUCCAGCCUCUGUACCUCUCUGAGGACUUGAACAAUGGCGGCUGGCUGAGAACCCGUGGCUGCUCAGAGGACGCUUGGAUCGGAGGCAGCUCUCUGAUGGUGGAGGGCAUGAUUCCAUCUGGACUUUCUGAAGUCUGUGCAAGGAGCAGUGUCUUUCCAGAAGCAUUAGCAGUGGAUAACCAGUUGGUUGAGCAGUUUGCACAGAAUUGUGGCCGUUGGACUUUGGACGGCUGGACUACCAGAUGUUUCCUGUUGAAAAUGAUUGGCUGCUCAUUGCGAGAAGUUUGUAUUCGUGUUUCCCGAGAUGAAGGCGAUGAAAAUGUUUCCUUUAACUGCAGGAUUGGAGAGAUUAUGCUGUUGGAUGCAGAGAGUCUUGAAGCACCCCUGCAGUCUGUUGAAGGCAUCUGCGUGAAUGAUGUGGUGUGGCACACAGGUGCUUUGAAGGGAGACGGACACACGCUGAAGGUACUUUUGAAUGCCACCUUACGCUGGCAAUACCCCACCGAGCAGGUCCGCCAUUUCCGGAUUCACUGGAGGCAUCUCCGUGGUCCUGACCCUCGCAUUCCCCCUGGUCCGUUGACUCUGAUUGGCAGAUCUUACUCUACCCUGUACCGUGUGGUGGAGCUGGAGGUGCCUGCUGCUCCGGGUCUCAUAGAGCUGGUGGUGGAGCCUGUGAGCAGAGAGGGAUUCAAAGUGCCUGAGGUCCAGUGGGGCCGACGCACACUCAGCUACAGUGCCUAAAUUGAGGGUCCUCAGAGAGCCCAUCAAUGUCACAUGCUGUUUUCAUAGUAUAAACAAAUCUCUCUUCUAUUUGAUAUGCAGUAUAAAUGUGUGAUGAGUUGGUGCUAAAUAUGUAUUCAGUAUUUUGUGAAUGACUGAAAACUUAAUUGAAGAAGCAGCAAAUCGAAUUUGCACUAUAUGCAAUAUUAUUCGUAUAUAUCCUUUAUUAUAGUAAAAGCCAUUUGAAGUACUAGUGUGCAUUUUGACCACUAUUGUGCGAGGACCAGAGUGGUCCGUUUCUUUUAGUGAUUGCACAUAUAUUCUACAGCUUUAUAAGUUCAUAAUCUAACAUUUAUUCAUAAAUGGCAUGCAAACUUCAUGAAAAUAAUCAUGUACCUUCUUCGAAAUUGUAAAAUGUUAUUUUAACGAAAGUCUCUUAAUGAAAUUCACUUGUUUAUGCAUUUGUGUGAAAACAAGAAAGGAGAUGAUCCUAGUUUUCCUUCUUGACUUGCAGAUAAAUUAUUUGUAUUGCAUAAGUCAUGGCCUAAUGGUUAGAAUCGGACUCGUAACCCAAAGGUUGCGGGUUCGAGUCUCGUACC